UAAUUGCUAAGGUACACAGCGUCGUUCGCAGGUCGGCGUUCGGCGGCUUGACAUCUCAAUUUGCUGCAGGUCGGUUCCAAGUGAGGUUAUCACUACGCGACUUAACGGGAAAAAGUUAGUGCAUUCAAAAAUUCUAAGAGUUAAUAUGCAUUUUGUUAUUUAUUUCCUGGGAAUUGCGCUGUUGAAUGCUGAAUUGUUCUCCGCCAAAUUGAGUCCAAUACAGAGCGGCGCAAACCUGACCGAGUUUGUGAACUUCCGUCGUCAAAAGCGCACUUUAAUAUUCGAAGGAGGCGGGCUAGUCAAGAUAGACGCCGGCGCAAUAGCUACUGUAAAUGUGGAUGAGCCCAUCGCUUGGCGUUCGAUAGUCUCUAUAAAUAAUAUUCAAGGUGGCUUCUAUCCUUUACCAGCGGUGCCCACCUAUCCAUGGGAUAAAUGGGAGAAUACUUUUGCACGUUCCAUGAAACACUUCCAAGAGCUGGCUGAUUUCGAGACAGAUGAUUCUCGCUUAUUUGUCUACACUUUAUUGGAAGUACUGAUGGAGCGUCAGCAUGGUAAUGGACAUCAAUGCUUGUUGCGUUCCAUUUGCCAAAAUGCACAAGUAGACGAACAUGUUGGCAUGUUUUCCGAGAUAAUGGAUGUGGUUUUAAGACCUGGAAAGGAAAGUAUCGCUGUUGCUUACACGAAUGCUUUUGUGGCUGGUAAAGCGGACGUCGAUUGUAUGCGUUUAUACUCCGAAUGCCGAGUGACUUCGAAUUUUUUGGAUCAGUACUUCGACUACGUUUAAAAAAGAUCGCAAGCAAUACAGAUUGUUAUUGUCACUUUAAAUUUAUUGCAAUUUUUGUAAUUAUCUUAUAUAUACAUUGCAUAUGACCAAAUAUAGAC